GGUUCGUUCGAGCAUUUGACAGCUUCUUGGAAGUUUCUUUUGUUCGAUCGUUGCUUGGGAAUCGACGCGCAAGACGGAAGACAUUUUCUUUUCAAGCCGUAAACCAACGUUUGCAAGUGUUUGAGCUCACUCGCUGCAGCUGCUUGUGACCUUCACGUGUAAGUAGUGCAAUCUUUGGCGGCUAAUUUUUCACCACUGUCGCCAAGAAGCCGUAACUAGGCAAGAAGAAAAAAGAAAAAAAUGGGUGUACAGAUUGUCCCAAUUGCCAACGGUGAUCAAACCACCUUCCCGAAACCGGGUCAAACUGCGGUCGUUCACUACACCGGAACGCUGGACGAUGGUACGGUGUUCGAUUCGUCGCGUACUCGCGGCAAGCCGUUCAAGUUCUCGGUCGGCAAGGGUGAAGUGAUCCGUGGCUGGGAUGAAGGUGUCGCCCAGAUGUCGGUCGGUCAGCGCGCUAAGCUGGUGUGCUCGCCGGACUAUGCCUACGGUAGCCGUGGCCAUCCGGGUGUCAUUCCGCCGAACGCUCGGUUGACCUUCGACGUGGAGCUGCUGCGAGUAGAAUAAGCAGCAUCCUUGGAUGUCUGCUCACAUAUGUUUCACAUGCAAAUAUUUACCAGAUACACCGAUGCAUUGACCGAUACCGAAUCGAAUGAAGUAAGAUGAAUCGUCUGUGAAGUGUGGCAAGCAAUCGACGGGAGUAGAGACUGGAAGAAAAUUGAUAAGAACCGCACACACACACACAUCCAUCACCUCCUCUUACCUUGCAACUACUACACAUUCUUAUCGUCUCGUUCGUAGCAGUCAGUAAAGAUUAUCUUUAAUCCAUCACAAAAUACAGCAGCAGCAUUAUGGUUAAAUUUUGGAACGUGCUACGGUCGUUCUAGUCGCGCUUAGUACCGUUCUAUUGGAAACAUUAAAAAAGAAAAGCACAUCUUUAGUUGUUACAAUUUAACCUAACCUACCUAGUCUGUUUUCUUGAAUAAUUUCUAAAUUAAUUGUACAUUCAGCACCGUGGAGAGGUACACAAGUCUCCGAUUUUUAAUUCCAAAUUGCACCUAAAUGCAUUUAAAUAUUGCACUGGCCGGAAAAGGAAAAUGGAUCGUAAAAAUUGAUUUGUAGAAAGAUGGGGGAAAGAAGAAGCACCCUAGCUAGAGAAGGUGGUAGAGCGAAAUGUGGAGCGAGAAGAAUUGUUAAAUCAAAAGCUAAUAGCCGAAAGAUGAUAGAAGCUGGAAGUAUCGAUUCAAAUAUAAUUAAGCUAAUUGCAAAUGUCCCUUAAAAAAAUACAUUCACAGCAUUCGUGGCUGAUUGUGAACGAUGAUGAUGAAGAAAGCGAAUCUUACUUUUCAAGCACUUGCUACCAACUUGUCCUCUCUAUGUAAAAUUAGCGCUCGGGGCGGAAUUUCCCAUUUCUUGUUUUGCUGCUGUAGGAGUACAAUCAUUCAGCACUCUCACGUACAAUAUAAGCCCGCAGAAGCUCGGACAGUUUAUCUACCGAUGCUUUUGUGGCUUUUCGGUGUCCAGUUUGAAGCAUUUAUUCGUAAUACAAUGGGAGUGUUUAUUGCUCGUCGAGGAAAGACGGUGCAAUCAUCCCCCUUUUUACAUUACAUAUUAGCUACCGUUACUGCCCGGAGUGCAAACAGGUUUGGUAAUCCAAAAGAAUAUCUCUACACGAAAAAUUGGUCAUGGUCGGAACAAUGUGAAAUUUACUGAAAUUCAAUAAAACCAUUAACUCUAUACCAAAUCAGAAGGAAA